AGCGCGGGAAGGGCGCGAAGAUUUAUGCGCGGAGGGCCGGGCCUCGCGACGUGACCACUGCGCCGUCCCGCUUCGCCCCACCUUCUGGAAGUCCUGGCUCCCGAGUGGUUGCCGGGAAACGGUGAGCCGGAAGUCCCGCCCGCCGUGCCGUAGUGGUGGCUGCUGCUGCUCGUCGUCGUUGUUGUUGUUGUGACGGUGGCACUACGGGCCCGACGGACCGAGAGGAAGACCGACAGGCCGGCCCCUCCCUUCCUUCCCCCGCCCGCCCGCACCGGCGCCAUGAAGUGGAUGUUCAAGGAGGACCACGCGCUGGGUGAGGGGCCAGGAGGAGGGAGGCCGCCGCCGCCGCCUUCUCCAGGGAUGAGGCCUGGCCUGGUCCCCGGCCUCGGGGGGAGGGCGUCUCUCUCGCCACACGCGCAGCGCCGCGGGGCGGGGGGUGGGAAGGGCGGGGCGGGGGCGCCGGGCUCUGGCGCCGGCCGGAGUCUCUCUCGGCCCCUCCUGACGCGCCUCCCUCGUUUGUCUCCGCAGAGCACCGCUGCGUGGAGUCCGCCAAGAUCCGGGCCAAGUACCCUGACCGCGUCCCGGUAAGUCUCUCGCGGCCGCUACUUCGCCUUUCGGGGAGGAGGCCGGAAGGUCCGCGCGGGGUGGGGUUUCGGUGGGCUGGGCCUCUUCAGCAUCGGUGCAGGUUGGCUCCCGUUCGAAAUCCGCCCUGCGGAAACGAAGCAACAAACAGCCUGUUUGGCCCGAGCAUCUUUCCCUUUUUCUGUCCGCCCAGUGCCUCGCCCGGUUGGUAGGAAUCUUUGAUUUAGGCCUGUAAAGCGGAGGGAGGGAGCGAGGGAAGACAUUCCCCUGGAUCUUCCAUUCCCGGCAUGAGCCGGGGUAUUCAGUCAUAAGAGCAAACAAGCAAACGGGUUCCCCUUUAUGCGGAUGUGUACAGAAAUUCAGAUAUUCUGAGAUUUAGUUGUACCAAAAAGGGGGAACUAUAAUCCUCCCAAAGACCAUAUGGUAAUGUUGUUUGAUUAUCUUAAGGAUAACUUAUCACAAAAAGGCAAGGGAAAUAAUAAAUUGUUAACAGCUGCUAGAAUAAUAUGCUAGAAUUGGAAAAAUAUCAUUUACUUUUCCAUAGAUUCUUGGCUACUCAAAUAACAGUUUGCACACUGGCCAAACAGAUGCUCCAAUAGGAAGCCCAGGACAAGGAUAUGGGAGCCAUAGUCCUCUUGCCACUUGUGAUUCACCAUAUCUUUUAAUCAAAGGCCUAAGGCCUGUGCUCCUGGUGAUACACAUAACCACUGUGGCUAGUAGCUAUUGAUAGCUAGCUAUAUUCAUCAUCAAUUUGUCUAAAUUCCAUUUAAAGCCAACCAAGUUGGUUACCAUCAUAGAACUGCAGAGUUGGAAAGGACACCAAGGGUCAUCUAAUCAAACUCCCAGUGAUGUAAGAAUCUUAACUAAAGCAUCCAUGACAGAUGGCCAUCCAACCUCUGCUUAAAAACCUCAAAUGAAGGAGAAUCCGCCACAACAUAUUGUGGGAGCAAAUUCUAUCGCUAAACUAUGGAUUAUGUGCAGAAGUACUUUUUUUUGGUCUGUCCUAUAUCUUCUAGCAUUUAUCUUCAUCGGAUUACCCCUACAGGGUUCCAAUAUUGAGAGAGUGGGAAACAAUGGAAGUUCCAAACACCUCAUAGAACACAUGGCUGUGAUCUAGCCUUAAUGCCAUCAAGGAUUAUGUAACACUGGCUGUAUCAGAGCCCUCCAGGAAAGGAUAUGGUUGGGGCAGCCACUGAUUGAAGUUUGGGAAAAGGCCCUUGUGGCUUAACCUUGAGUGCCAAAGUCCUCCCUCCCUUUGCAUUUCAGAGAACUGAGAAGAGGUGGUGACAUGCUGUGGCUGGUCUUGUCUAUCAUUUUUUCUGCUGAGCCUCUCCAACUGCCAUUGUGUAUAUUGUCCUGGUGUUAAUGUUCUGAUGUAUCCUGUCCCCCUCCAUUUUAUCCCUCUCCAUUGUCCUUUGGGCAGGUGAUUGUUGAAAAGGUCUCAGGCUCUCAGAUUGUGGACAUUGACAAGCGGAAGUACCUGGUUCCGUCUGACAUAACUGUGGCUCAGUUUAUGUGGAUCAUCCGGAAGAGGAUUCAACUGCCAUCUGAGAAGGCAAUAUUCCUCUUUGUAGACAAGACUGUCCCGCAAUCCAGGUGAGGAUCUUCCUUCUUCAAGGACAACAGCUGCCGUUUUCUCAUGGAAAACAAAGCUGAUGACCAGCUUGUGUCCUGAAAUAGCUGUUUCCAGUCUUUGUAGUUGUAUGUUCAAUGUGAAAUUGGCUUCUUCACUCCAAGGGAAAGGAAGUGGUUUGCAGCCUCAGCUGAGAUGAUCUAGGGCAGGGGUGAUUAACAUGUGGUCCUUCAUACAUUGCUAAAUUGCAAUUCUUAUCACCCCUCACUCUUAGUCAUGGUGGCUUGGGCUGAAAGGAGUUGUAAUCCAGCAAUAUCUGGAUGGCUAGAUCUUUUCCAUCUCUGAUUUUGGAGUAUGAAUGACUAUUCAUUCCUCAGAGGAAUCAUGGGUGGGGAGAGUGCUGUUGCAUCCAGGUCCAGCUUUCGAGCUUCCCAUAGGCACUUGGAUGCUAGGCUAGAUGGCCUUUUGGCCUGAUCCAGAAUCAGAGUUGAAAUGGACAAUGAGGGUCAUUAGUCCAAUCCCCUGAAGUGCAGGAAUAUUUUGCCUAUAACCCUGAGAUUGAGAGUCUCAUGCCCUACUGACUGAGACAGCUCUUAUAUUCAUAUAAUUGUUUGUAAGCUGUCCGGUUCCUGGCGAGCUAUGCUUGUAUCAUACACUCGUAGCCAAGCAGUGAGAGAUUGCCCAGGCAUCUCCUGAAUAUUCUGCUUCCAUUAAGAGAGGUGGGGAACUCUUGGUCCAAAGACUGGAUCCAUCCAUCCUUAGGACCUCUGCAUCCAAGCCUUGGUGUCCUUUCCUCAUCCUAGCCUUGCCCUUCCUGUGCACUGUGAUACCCCCACCCCAUUCAAGAAACACAUUCUCACUGCAAUUAGGCUUCCAGAAAGCUUUAUAUUGACUCUAAUAGAAGUCUGCUGCCACCUCUCCACAGCCUGUGUGGGGAUAAAAUCUUCAUGGAAUGUGCAGCUUGUCAGGGAAGGAGUUAACCUUUUCUGCUCCUUCUCCUUUCUGGUAACUAGGGUUGAAAUAAAAGCUUAAAUCUUUAUUUCUAGCUAAUUGCUACAGGUGGAGGGAGGAGGGCAAGGUGGUUCUCCCCGCUUUUGCCUUGGCUGCACCUUCCGCUGGCUAAGAGGGGAUGUAGAAAUAUGCUCCCCAGUUUUAAAAAAACAAGUAGUCUUUAACCCUUUUACUUAGUCAUCAUAAGGGCAAGAAUUUCUUUUGUUGUGGGUUUUAGCAGCAGUUUUCCUCCAGUGGCCCAUGGCUGCAGCUUAUACCUGGCUGGCUGGUGGGGCCAGCUGAGAGUGUAUGUGGUUUUCUUAUUCAUGGAUAUACCUCCUGCCUUUCUUCUGUUCUGGAACCUGAGGCAUCAUACAGGUGGGCUCUCAUAUAUUUAUUUUCCUAUGGGGGUGCUACUGUAGUCUAACUAUGUUAGGCUAUGUAUAGCUGAGUUUUGUUGAGUUGUGGUGUUCUAAUCUUCCUCCUCAACUCUCCACAAAGUGUCUGGUUAUAGAAUUAAAACAUGAUUUAGUGCAUUUUUCUCAGAUAAGAUACUUUUUCUAAACCAUUUCUGCUCCUUUUCCUGUUUUGCUCCAGCCCCACCCCAGCAAUCCAUAACUUUUGCUUACUGCAGCCAAUGUCUGUUCAGAGACAGAACUAGUGUUAAUUACAGUCAUGAAGAAAAGGAAAUUACUAUGCUAGUUUAGAAUACAGAAAUGUUCCUAAUUUCAGAGCAGCGUGAAUAGCAGAGCUCAAGUUGUGUCAGUGACGUAGCGUGGGUUGUCAGCACCCGGGGCAAGGCAAGUAAUUUGCGCCCCCUAACCCGGUAGGGGCAGAGAGCUGCGAGUGCGAGCGCGCACUUUCCCCCCCCCCCCAGGUGUUGCGCCUGGUGCGGCCGGCCCCCCCUGCACCCCCCACGCUACGCCACUGAGUUGUGUACACAGGAAUAUGCAAGAUCACUCAGGUGGACACAGUGCUUGCUAUAGAAAAAUCUGUAAUGCUUGUAACUGAUUUGGGAGUAGAAAUGUUUAUUCUUUUUCUUUAAUCUCUCUGCCAUUUUUUCCCUCAAAGUUUCCCUUACUCACAUGAAAUAAGGCUGAGGACUACAUCUUACCCAGACCCUAGUAUUAAGUCAGAAGUUAACCCCUUAUGCCAAAUUCAUGAUGUUAGAGGAUCAGUAUUUUAUGGUUUUAAACAAUUAAUUCAAUCCUAUGCCUGCCUACUCAGAAGUAAGCCCACUAGAAUUCUGUAGGCAUAACUUCUAAGAUUGCAGCCCAAGUAUAGAUCUAAUGUGCUUCUGUUCAUUUAUUUUUGCCAGGCUUUUUUUUUAACCUUCAUAUUUUUAUUAGAUUACAGAUUGAAUUUCUCAAGCGGUAGAUAACAUUUUAAUCUUUUGUCAUGAACUUCAGUCUUUGUAAAAUGUUGCAGCUUAACAGGAAUUUAUAUUGAGCUUAAUACCAGAACAGCCUCUAAGCAGUUUACAAAAAAGACAGCAAAUUAUUUACACACACACACACACACACACAAAAUAUAAACACCAGAAGAUAAAAUACCAGAUGAAACAAUAAGAUCCCGGGCAACCAAAAACACAGGAUGAGAGAGAGAUGUGUUCUGUAGCCUUCCACACUCUGCCUCCAGCCAUCUCUCUCAUAACCUCCUGAACCAGGGUGCUAUCCCUUCCCCUCUCUUGCGAAGGGAUAUUCUGAUAACAUUCUGCUACCAGAAAUUCUAGAGGCUGCAAGUGGUUAUAGUAAUCAUUACAGACACACAUGGUACAAGUAGAAAAGGUCCUGUUUAAAGAAUGGCCUGGGCUUCCAUUCAGUUUGCAUUCCCUCUUAGUUGCUAUGUAGACUCCUUUGAUACCCUAGCAAGUUCCUCACUGUCUUGUCUUCUUACCUUCAGCCUGACAAUGGGACAGCUUUACGAGAAGGAGAAGGACGAGGAUGGCUUCCUGUAUGUGGCCUAUAGUGGAGAAAACACCUUUGGCAUCUGAUUGCAUCUCCUUCCCUCUUGUGUCUUGUAAAUAGCCUCUUGUUUGUGAUCAUGACCCCGGGGCACAUCCUGCAUCUGUCACUGGGUUGAUUUAAUAUAUGGAUAGAUUUUUGUUAGCCUGGUAAUUUAUGAAAGUUUUAUUUCCCCAUUGUACUCAUAGCUGUAAAUUCCAUAGUCUCUCUCCUCUGGAACACAUAUACUGACAUUAUUUAAAUACUGAAGCAAGGUAGUUGAGGGAUUAAAGUGAGGGGGGAGGGGGAUUUUGAAAUGAAGGUUUGACUAAUUAUUAAUUAUUAGUUUCAUAGUAAGGGCGCUUCUAGAUUGUUACAAACAGUCUCAAGAUGCUAAUAUGUUGAUUUUGGCUAGUGUCUUCCUCUUGAUGAAUUUUGCUAGAGGAAACUGAUUAAAAUUCCUCUCACAAA